UUCAUGUUGUUUUCUUUCAGAGGAAAUCUUCGUGCCAUCUCCUGAAGAGGCUUUGUGGUGUUCGCCCGACGGUUCGCACAUUCUGUACGCGAGUUUCAACGACAGCGACGUGCGGACGUUCACGCACCCGUGGUUCGGCUUCGAGGCGAACAUCGCGCCACCGGAGAACGGCGGACUCUUCCCAGCAUCCAGGACCGUCCGGUACCCAACACCUGGGACACCAAACCCUCAAGUGAGAUUGUCAGUUAUCAAUGUAACAAAUACUUCUUUCCCUAUCAGUCUUGUCAACCCACCUGAAGUGUUCAGUGAACAGGAUUACUACUUGAUAUCUGCAGGCUGGGUGAAUCAUGAUAAUAAACAGAUAUCUGCAGUAUGGAUGAAUAGACCACAGAACCUGAGCAUCAUCAGUAAUUGCCAGUACCCAUUGACUAAGCAGAAUCACUCGAGCUGGCAGUGUGUUGAGACACACGCGGAACGAGCACAAGAAGAUGCCUGGCUGCAGAUUCAGCCGCACCCUGUCUUCUCCACCGACGGAGACAGUUUCCUGCUGCUAGGAGCCGUACAAGAAGGAGAUCAAGAUGUGUUCACGCACAUAAAGCACAUCACUCUCAAACAGCAGCGAAUAGCUGUACUCUCUCAUGGCCGGUAUCAGGUUGUCAAAAUUCUCGGCUGGGACUCCAUUAACCAUUUAUUACUACUUGGAACGCACGAGUCGAAGCCUGGCCAACGUCACUUGUACGUGGUGCGUGACCCGGCCACAGACGAGCCGCUCCACGUCGAGCCUGAGUGCCUCACUUGCAAUAUCCAUCGUUACCUAUGGUCCAGUAAAAACACCUACACCAAUUGUAGUCAUUUCAACGCUUUUGUAAAUCCUCGUCUCUACGGUGGUGAGUUUCAAAAUAAAUCUCACUACGUGCUUCUGUGUGAGGGGUCGGGAGUUCCCCUAGCCGGGGUGCACUCGACCACCGACCACCACCUCCUCAAGACGCUGUUCAACAGCAACCCGCAGUGCGGACCCAAGCUCGACCGGCUGGCUCUGCCCAAGAUGCGGAGCUUCGAGGUGCCUUUGCCGCAAGGCCAUCGGGCGCAGGUCCAACUGCUUCUGCCUCCGUCGUGGCGCGAAGAGCUCAGAGACGCUGCUUAUCCUGUUCUCGUCGAAGU